AUGAGCGGCGAGGCGGCAAGCUACUACCAGGGCGAUCCAGCCCCUCAAGGGCAGCAGCAGUACUACAACAACGCCCAGCAGGGCUAUCAGCCCAAUCCGCCUCAGCAGUAUCAACAGCAACCGCCACCGCAACAACAGCAACAACAGUAUCAGCCGGAGAAAAUCUCCGCGCCGCCUCCUACUCAAGGAGGAUGGGGCUUCGAUGAAGCUUUCAAGAUCGAAAAGCCGAAAUUCAACGACAUCUGGGCCGGUCUUUUGCUCAUUGCUGUUUUCCUCGGCUAUGUCGCCAUCUCUGGUCUUUCCAUCCACAAGUACGCGACCACCAGAAGCUUCAAUGGUGGAAGCAUCUACGGUUCGAGCAAUGACUUUGGCCUGGACACCAAUACCUUGAUUCUGUUUGUCUUUGUACUCUGUGUCGCUCUCGCUGUGUCGUGGGCGUAUUUCUUGGGUGCCCGCUAUUUCACCAAGCAGUUUAUCUGGAUCACCGGCAUUCUUAACUGCGUCUUUGCUCUCGGUACUGCUAUCUACUAUCUCUACAGGAAGCAAUGGGGCGCCGGCAUCGUGUUUCUCCUCUUCGGCAUUUUCGCUGUCUUCUGUUUUAUCAGCUGGAUUCCUCGUAUUCCAUUCAGUGUCGUCAUGCUGCAGACUGCGAUUGACGUUGCGCGCACGUAUGGACACGUUUUUAUCGUUAGCGCGCUGGGUGGUCUUGUCGCCGUUGCCUUUUCCGCAUGGUUUUCCGUUACUUUGGUCUCGAUAUAUGUCGCGUACGAGCCCAAUGGCGGUGGGACGAACCCAUCGUGCGGCACCGGUGGAUGCAGCAGUGCCAAGGUUAUUGGGCUUGUUGUCUAUGUUACAUUCGCCAUGUACUGGUUUAGCGAAUGGAUCAAGAACACCAUCCAUACUACUAUCGCUGGUGUGUACGGAUCAUGGUAUUUCUGGAGUAACGCUCCAGGCGGUCCUCCCAAGGGUCCCACUCGUGGCGCCUUCAGACGUGCGACUACGUAUUCCUUUGGUAGUAUCAGUCUUGGAAGUUUGAUCAUCGCCAUUGUCAACAUGCUUCGACAAGCGUGCUCUGUUGCACAACGGCAAGAAGCUGCACAGGGAAACAUGGUUGGCAGCAUCUUCAUUUGGAUUCUUGGCUGCUUCAUCGCUUUGCUCGACUGGCUAGUCACCUUCUUCAACCGAUAUGCUUUCUGCCAUAUUGCCUUGUAUGGCAAGGCAUACGUUCCAGCUGCCAAAGACACGUGGGCUAUGAUGAAGGACCGUGGUAUCGACGCGCUGGUCAACGACUGCCUUAUCGGACCCGUGCUGAGUAUGGGCUCCGUUUUUGUCUCGUACCUUUGCGCUCUGCUAGCAUACCUGUACCUUGAGUUUACCAAGCCAAGCUACAACACCGAUGGCAGCUUCACUGCUGUCAUCAUGGCGUUUUCCUUUGUCAUUGGUCUUCAAAUAUGCCAGAUUUUCUUGACUCCGCUCGGAAGCGGUGUCGAUACCAUCUUUGUGGCCAUGGCCUGGAACCCUGAGAUUCUGAUGCGUGACCACCCCGACGUCUACCAACAGAUUGUCCGUCGGUAUCCUCGUGUCCAGCAAAUGAUUCACGCUUGA